AGCUUUUAGAUUUCAGCCAUUUGCUUCUUAUUCAGAUUUCGCUAACCAAUGCUCGGCACUACGACUAAUAUGCUGCGUCUGACGGCGCGCACAGCCUAUACCAAGCAGCAACAGCAGAAGGUCCUAAUUCGGCGGUUCCACCUGACCCGCCCGGUUCAGAACGAGACGCCAGCGCAGAUAAACUGGCAAGAGUUCUUCCAGCUGCGCAAGCAGCGGCGUCUAUGGGAGCGCCUGGCGGCGCUUCCCUGCUCGAUGCUGGCGGUAUUUGCUUCACUGCCGAUCAACCCGCAAACGACGCUGUUUGGCGUGGACCCGAUUGUCAUUCUGGGCGGCGCGACGAUGUUCUGCGGCGUGAUGGGAUUUGCGGUGGGCCCCUCGGUGGGCCGCGUCUGGUACAAGAUCGGGAACCGGCGGCUGGCACAGACGCUGGACCAGAAGGAGGCCGAGUCGGAUCCGAGCUUUUCGUCGGUGAACAACCCGCUGCCGGACUUUUACGGCGAGAAGAUCAACUCGCUGCAGGGCUACCGCAAGUGGCUCAGGAAGCAGCGCGAGCACGAACGCAAGGGCACAUUCAAGCUGGGCGCGUCGAAGAAGUAGAUUUUUGUCUUUCUACAUUCCCAAAUGGCUUUAGUUUACUAGUGACUUGAUCUUGGAG